AUGUUGAAUAAACCCUUUCUAUGUUUAUCAUAUGUUUUAUUUUUGUCGACGCUAGUAUUGUCACAAUCUCAAACUUUGUUAAACUUACCAACUCAAUCACAAACUUCACCAAACAUAACUCAAUCUCAAUCUUUGCCAAACAUACCAACAUCACUUCCGAGUCCUGUUAUUGGCUUAAAUAAUUCUCAAAUUAACAUAAACACAUCAGAUCCAGAUUCUUUACUAGAUCCUAGGGUUUAUUCGAUGUUGAUCAGGAAUAAAACGUAUCCGAAUACUAAUUGCACAUAUAUUUCAACUCCUCGGCCAGAGGAUAAUAUUAAUAUAAAUGGUCGACUAAUUCAUUGGGAAUCGCAACCGGUAUAUUGUUGCCCAGGUUAUAAUUGUUCUUUAGAUGCCACAGACAUAACAAUGUGCCCAGCCGAAUAUGUUUGUAGCCUUGGUACCGUAUAUCCAGUAUACUGUGACCGCCUGGCAAUCUGUCCUCCAGGCUCAAGCAAAGCAAAUAAAUUCUUGGUUUUCGUAUUAGUAUUUCUUAUUGCGAUAUUAAUUAUAGUGUUAUUCCAGAUUAAAAAAAAAAGGGAUAUAUUUAAAAAUGCAAAAUAUAGUAAAUUAUUAACAGAACAAAAAUUGCGAUUAGAAAGAACUUUGGAUCCUGUAAAAAAAACUUUUGAUAUCGAAUUUGAAAAUCUAGGAUUAGUGCUGCCAUCUGGUAUUGAAAUUAUGAAGGGAGUUACGGGGAAACUUACUCAUGGAAGAACGUGCGCAAUUAUGGGACCAUCUGGUGCGGGUAAGACUACUUUCGUGUCACUUUUGACCGGCAAGGCAAAGCGAACAAGCGGCAAAGUAAAAAUCAAUGGCGUACCUGAUUCAUUGGAAAAAUACAGAAAACUUAUUGGUUUCGUACCUCAAGAGGACGUGAUGCUUCGUGAAUUAACUGUACGCGAUAUAUUAGUGCAUUCUGCAUUAAUGAGGUUACCAAGUGAUAUGGAUAGAGCAGUAAAGAAGCAAAAAGUCAUUGAGGUGAUGGAAUUUUUAGAAUUAAGUCAUGUGAUGGAGUCAAUAAUCGGAAACGAAGAACAACGUGGCAUUUCUGGUGGUCAACGUAAACGUGUAAACAUUGGAAUGGAAUUAGUUGCUGAGCCAUCCGAUGAGCCAACUUCAGGCCUGGAUUCAGCUACAGCACUUGAAGUAUGUAAUUUGUUGAGAAAGAUUGCACAUAGUCAAGGAAUGACGGUAGCCGCUGUUAUUCAUUCACCAUCUCCACAAGCCUUUAAAACAUUUGAUGACUUUUUAUUAUUGGGCAAAGGUGGAAGGAUUGUAUAUUUUGGUCCGACAAAUGAAGCAAUGGAAUAUUUUGUGAGUCUUGGUUAUCGUUGUCCAGAGGAAGAAAGCCCAGCCGAUUUUAUGAUGGAAGUGGCUGCCGGAAAAGUCCGCCCUGUUGAUCGAGAAGAUAUUACAGUUCCUGAUUUAUUUGAUGCAUGGGAAAGAUAUUGUGAAACAGAAAAGGCAACGUUUAGUGAUACUAAAAUUGGUAUUCCUGAUGACGAAACUGAAUCCCGUCGUAACAUUUUCAAAACAUUAUGGGUCGAAAUUUGUUUACCAUUUUUUCACGUAAUUCAAGAUAUUGCACUAUACAUAUCUGAUGUAACAAUGGAAUUAUUUUUGUUCUUUAGACGUACACUUUGCUUCUGUCAGAGUGAUCAAAUUCGAGAAACUCCCAAUGUAUUUAUUGCAUUUAUGUUGUUAUUUAAAAGAGCUUGUUUACAACUUUAUAGAAAUAGAACACAAUUCUUGUUGGAUCAACUUUUACAUCUUGGAUGUGGAAUUUUUAUUUCUUUGGCAGUUAGUAAUUUGGAUUAUAUUGGGAAAGCACCUAGAGAGAUAUGUGAGAUUACGCCAUUUGUUCUUUUACCUAUUUGUCUCAAUGCUAAGGAUUCAAUUCAGAAUGUUGGAGUGUUCAUGGCACUUGGUGUGACAUUUGCAGGGAUUAGUGCUGGAGGUUCAACGUUUGGCUACGAAAAAGUAGUUUACUGGCGAGAUACAGCAGCAGGAAUGCGCACCAUUCCAUACUUUGUAGCAAAAUUAGUUGCUGAUAUUCCUCGUUUACUCAUCGCAGCUCUUAUGUUUUCGCUAGCAUUUAUUGUAUUUUAUUCAUUUAAGGCCCCAUAUUGGCAAAUUUAUAUUAUUGUUUUGUUUACUUAUGUCUCUGCAUGGGCGAUGGGGUAUUUUAUUUCAGCUGUAACCACAAAGGAAAAACUAAGUCUUGUUGGGACAGGGUUUGCACUUGGUUGGGGUAUGGUAUUGAGUGGUGCGACUCCUAAGUUGGAAGAUGUUGAGAGUGGUGGUACCUUUGCCUAUAUAGAAUGGUUAUGGGACAUUUCAGCACCAAGAUGGGCAGUUGAGUCAUUAUAUCUUAAAGAAUUGGAGCCUAGGCUAUGGGAUGAAAUUAAGACCCAACCAUUGGGUCAUACCUACAGCUUUAGUGAUUAUCCACGAUGUUUAUUGAAUAUUUUAAUAAUUGCAGUUGGAUGGGCUGUACUUGCGUUUUUUGCCAUGAAGUUGACUAAUAGGGACAAACAAAAGUAA